AUGACUCGAUUACAGAAACAUUCGCUUCGAUCUCGCAGACCACUAAACUAUCGUGAGAAAAUUCAAAAAAUAAAAAAGAAUAGGCUAAUACAUAAAGCAAAGGUUAAAAAGGAAUUUCACAAAUUUUUGAAGAAGGACGACCUCAUUACCAAGACACCAGAAUUUAUUAAAAAAAUCUUUGAAGAGGGUGAGGAAGAAAACGUGAAGGAAACAAUCGAUCAUGAACAACAGUCACAAGGCACAGAUAAUAAUGAUAAUGCCGAACGCAUAGUAGAUGAACACAGUCCGGAUGAGACGACUGAUAGUGAGACGAGUAAUGACGAGCAUUUAAACACCGAUGAAUCUGCAAAAGGCAAAGCCCAGGAUGUGGGAAGCCACAUUAAACGGAACAAAAAACAUAAACCAAAUCCGUUCCAGAAAGUCCUCAACGAAAGCGAGCGACGGAGACAGGAAAAACAGGAACAAAUCAAGGCUGCUCAUAGACAAAAGGAAUUAGAAAAUCAAAGGCAAGAAGUUUACAAGUGA